AUGGCCGGCCGGGCCGGGGAGGGGGCCGGGGGCGGGGAAAGGGGCUGUCCCGGCUGCGGGGCGGCGGGGCCCCCGGUCGGCGGCCCGCACCCCCCCACCGCUCAGGAAGGUGGGGGGGUCUCGUCGGGUGCAUGCUCGCGCGGCCGGACCGGCGGGGCGGCGGGCGGGCGGGCGGGGAGCGGCAGCGCCGGGGGCCGGCGGCGGCGGCGGCGGCGAGCGGGGGCCGCGCGGCGGGCGUGUCUCGGCCCCGCCGCCCGCUCGUGUGUACAGUACGUGUGUCUGGGCGGCCGUCCGCGGGCGAGUGUGCGGCGGGGGCCGCGGGGGCCGGCUCUGUUGAGAGAUUGCAGAAGCCGCUCGGCGCCCGCGCGAUUGGUCCCCGCGGGGUCAUGUGCCCGCCCCUCUGACGUCAAUGGCGGCAACGGCGGCGGCCGCGGCUUCGGCCUCUCGCAGGCGGAGUCGGGCCGGGCGGGGACGCGAGGGGCCGAGGCGCGGCCCGACGGGAGGGGCGGCCCCUGGGGAGGGGGCUGCGGCCUGCCAGCCCCGGGCGGUCCCGCCCGCCCGCCCCGCCCGGGAUGGGAGGGGGCUGGGGCCGCGGGGGCGGGGCGCGUGACGUCACGCCCAGCCGCGCCCCCGCCGGUGCCCAGGCUGGUGCGGAGCCGCGAGGCCCACGGGCGGGACCUGAGCCGGGACCAGCCGUGGUCCCCGCACCCCACGCUCCCCAUCCCCGCGGCCCCGAUCGGAAACGUCAACGCCCGGAAACAUGUCAACGCCCCGAAACAUGUCACCGCGGACGGCCAAGGUGCGGCCAGACCGGGACCUGGCCAUUCAUCUCUGCUUCACCCGCGGGGGAGCAACUCCUACUGGAAGAGCUUUGUGGAAUGAACCGCAGUGUCACUCAGGACUGGAACUGAAACGAAACCGUUCCCUUUCUGCCAUCAGGAGACACCUAAGGCCACCCAGCAAAUGCUCCGCUCCCUCAGGCUUUCUCACAUCCACACGCUUCUGCAGUUAAUACUUUCAAAACCCUCA